AAACUAUUUACAAGCACAAUACUUCAAAGAGACCCGUGAAAAUGAGUGUGGACUUAAUUGAAGCAUUUUUGAAGAAAGAAGGCAGACCGUUGAAUCUAAAUGAUAUCCAUUCGAAAGGAUUCAAAGACAUUCCAAAGAACAGCUUGAAGAAUUCAUUGGAUGUACUAGUUAAGAAGAAUAAAAUCAUAUCCAAGCAAAAUAUUUAUUGCUACAAUUUUAAGAACCAGAAAGUGAAUCAUGACGUACAAGAAGUCAAUCUACGAAUCAAGAAAUAUACAAAGAAAGUAAAAGAAAAAGAAGAAGAAAUCAAAAAUCUAAGAGAAGUGCUGAAUAACAAUAAUGAGGAAAUUCCAAUGCCCGUCCUUGAGAAAGAACAUACAGCACUAGCCGAACGAAAUAAAGAGCUUGAAAUUAAAGUUGAUGCUUUGAAGAAGCGUAAUGAAACGACGGUUCAACUGAAUCCAUCGGAUUUACAUGCUAUGAGAAUGAAAUAUGAUACAUGCUUGAGAGAAUUUAACAAAAGAAAAAUUAUCGGAGUCACAAUGUUGGGACAAAUUAUGGAUAAAGUCAGUUCUUCAAAGUCGAAACAAGCUAUUCUGGAAGAGGUAGAUGUUGAAACAGAUGAAAUGACGGGAUUUAAUAUCAGUAAUUACCAAAUAUCUAACAACAAGAAGAUUUCAGCAUAAAUUGAUAAUUGCCGCACAAACUCUCCCCAUAUUAAUUCUCAUCUUCUACCAGCUUUAUGCUUCAUAGUAUAUAUUCCUAUGUAUGAUAAUAAAACUAAACAAAUUGAAUGAGUUUGAACAG